AAAUAAAAAUUAGUGAUGACUCACAAAUAUUUUUUAGCGUUUUUUUUGCUAGUGGGUAUCUUUGCGGGGACAAAGGUUAAGGCGCUAAAUGUCACCGCGGAUGACGAUGAUCUGGACGAGAUAAAUUUUGAGGAGUUCAAGAAUACCAUUAAGAGAUACAGAAGGCUGAUACCUUAUAUGAAUUAUUAUGUUGCUAAUAAUUAUGUUAAUCAGAAUGGACAGUUUGUCGAGCCGGUCCUCCGGAAACCAGCGAGGCAGCGAACUGAACCGACGAGGAAACCGAUACGUACUCCUGCUAAGGACCACCAAAUAAAAUUCAUCCCAUCAGUGCAGUUCAACCCAAAAGACAUCGGAGGUGACACAAAUUACUUCAUGCCAGUGCGUUACAACGCAAAGUUAAACUACGAGGACCCAAGCUACCAGGAAUACAAUCGACGACCUUAUGUAGAAAUCACGACCCCGAGCCCGAUCGCCGAGACGCGAUACUAUAAAGAACGCCCGCGCCCGUACAACCCCGUCUUACCGCAGUCAUCGCAACUAAAACAAACCCGGCGACCGGAUUCCUAUUUAUUUGAUUACGUAAGACCUAAACCAACCACAGUUAACUCUGAGUACUAUCCUGUGGACUACGAGCCCAUUCGGUACGUAAAAGUCGAGCCGACUUAUCAACUGGGUCCUGUACCUCAACACCACCAUCAGCAUCAGCAUCAACAUCAGCUUCAACACCAACAGAAGCACCAAUUAUCCCACGUACUUCCCACUAAAGUGCCGACAAAUAGACCUAUUUACAUAUCAAGAAACACUGGAGAAUUAAAUGAAGAAAAUUUAAUUAAAAGUUUACAAUUGACUAAUCAAUUGCCCGAGAUGUUAAAUAGAGACAAUAUUGACUCUAGUAUUAAAACGUUGGUCGAGAUACUGGCUUUGUUGCACGGGGCCAAGAAGGAGCUCAAUAUUGGCGACAAUCCGUCGGUUCAAAAACUUUCAAUUCAACCUUCGGUCCCUGUUCUAGUUCCUGUUCCUUCGCCAGCAGUGUAUGAAGAAUACAAGCCACAUAAACCUCAGUACUCGCGGCCGAAAGUCGUUACUGAAAUGCGGUACCAGGCAAAAUCUCAAGCUCCUAUUGCUGGUGAAUCCUUGCGGUUCACUGCAACUCCAGCUCCAGCUUCUGGUUCACCAGUGCAAAACAAUGGUAAACCCAAUAUUUUGUAUGAUCGCAAUAACGCGAAACCGCAACCGGCUGAAUACUCGGAUUACCCCAGCGCUGAAGUUCAGUUGAAGAAUAAAAAUAUUGUCGAGUAUUAUACACCGCUAAUUCAGGAUAUUGAUGAAAAUACCAAUCCGAGCUACGUGCAGAACAAGCUUAAGCACAAGGAGAAGGUUUACGAGAUUACUGAAGAACUUGAAGAUGUCAAUCAGGAAAUAAACUCACCAGUGACUCCGCCGAAAAAUUACCUUGAUGGGAUUGCAGUGGUGAUGAAUCCCAAGGCUGGGGUCACGACUGGAAAACCUGGGGUUGACUAUCCGACGUAUACGGAUAUACCUGUCACGGAUUUCAGUUGCAAGGAUCAGAGGUACAAGGGAUUCUUUGGAGAUCCUGCGACUAGAUGUCAAGUUUGGCAUUAUUGUGAUUUAAACGGUGGAAAAUCAUCAUUCUUAUGUCCAAACGGAACAAUCUUCAGUCAAAUAGCACUGACGUGUGACUGGUGGUUCAAUGUAAAGUGUGAAUCUACGACCCAGCUGUACGUCCUAAACGAACGUCUCUACAAAUUUAUUCUACCUAUAAUGCCGAAGUUCCCGGAGGAUUUUAGCGGUCCCGAAGUUGACCGUUAUCUCGAGCUUAAAUUCAAGGAAAUGGAGGCCAAGCUCAAGGCCAAAAAACUAAAAAAAGCUAUGGAGAAAAAAGAAAAAGAAAAACCUCAGACUCCUGAGCCAGAAUUAGAGCAAGAAUCAGCUCCAGAGCUAGAGUAAAUAAAAUGUAAAGUAGUUGGAUCUUGCGCGGUUGCCAUUUAAAUUAAUUUUUAUUUUUCUUCGAGUUGUCCUAAAAUUUCUAUUUAAACGGGUAUUUUUAUUUAUUGAGUAUUCGUUAAUAUCUCUAGUCAUACGAUUUAUUAAAAGCUGGAUCCACGACAGCGCUAUUCAGUACCUUUUACUUUUAAUUUAUAUUUUGUUAAACGGUGGCGGGUUUUUAUUUUUUUGACUGAGUGUAAUUAUCGUGUAUGAUAUUAAGUAUUUUCAUUUUUUUAAAUAAAAUUAUUUAUCCACAAAAGCUAAAC